AUGUUCGGUCUCGACGCCCCCAAAAUCACUCGCCGCGAAUUCGACGGCUCCGACCCCCAACUCCAGCUCGCCAUGGCAUACGCUGCAUCCAAAAAGUCCGCCAGCACCAGCACAAGCGCCGUCUCAUCUGCUCGGCCUUCUGUUGAUGAGAAGCGCAACCUUUCCACAUCUUCUGGAAAGUCUACGUCUUCGCUGACCGAUGGCCAGAAGAAGCGCUUCAGCUUCUUCCGCGCCACCGGCAUUGUCCUUUCGUUGAAAUGA